AUGAAUACGCCGCCAGCGUUUUCAGUGCUGGUAUGUCUUCGCCUUCUGCUCGCAGUUCUGCCUCUUCCAGGUCAAAAUCUUCUCAAACAUGACCAUCAACUUAGCUCUCCAUUGACCUCCUACCUUCGCUUGAACGAAGGUCUCUGGCUCCUCGAUAAUAAUAUCGACCCAUACGUGGGAGGAGCUUUUCACCAUUCGCCUCUCCUACUCUCCUUAUUUUCAACCAUAGUACCUCCCCUUCCAAUUGUAUGGGCUGUAUCUGAUGCAGUGGGGACAUGGGCACUUCUUCGCAUAUGGCGCGCACGCCAGGGUUUAUCAUCUCAAAAGGGUACGAGGUUCGAUGUAGAAAACCUCAUCGUAAGCGUCUAUUUGCUGAAUCCCUACCUCCUCCUUCCAUCACUUGCGCUAUCGACAUCCACAUUCGAAAAUACCCUCACUCUCCUUGCUCUCAUGUUUGCAUCUGAAGGCAAAGUAUCUUCUGCUCUCCUCGCUAUCGCAUUCGCAGUUCACCUCACCCCCUCCUCUAUCCUUCUACUUCUCCCAAUUCUCAUGCUCCUCGUCUCGUCUCCUGUGUCUCACCUCGCUUCCCCACGUCCUUUCUAUGGUAGCCUCAAACGUAUACCGCUCCUCUUUGGCGAGUUCACACUAUACUGGCUCGUCCUUGUAGGCGCAGCAUGCAUCAUUGCUGGCGGAAGCUGGAAUUGGGUCGGGGCGUCAUGGGGCGCAAGCCUCACGCUACCAGACCUCACGCCCAACCCCGGCCUUUGGUGGUACUUCUUCACCGAGAUGUUCGACCAUUUCAGGCCAUUCUUCCUUAUGGUCUUUUCCGUUCACCUUAUCAUAUACAUAUUACCUAUCUGCAUAAAAUUUCAACACGAUCCCCUCUAUGCCGCGUUCCUCCUCGUAGGCGUCCUGGGGACGUUCAAAGCGUACUUAACACUCGCAGACCCAGGGUUGUUCCUAAGCAUGAUAUCCAUCUUCCCUGAAGUACAUGGUUACCUCCGACACCCCAUUAUCACCACACUCCUCCACCUUCACGCUGCGCUCCUCCUCCCACUUCAACAUGUGCUCUGGGUGAGCGAGGGCCGUGGGAACGCGAAUUUUUACUAUGCUGCGAGUCUUGUUAUGGGCAUGGCGGGUGGUGCAGGGCUUGUGGAUGCGUGUUGGGCGGGGAUGCGGAUUGCUGUUGGAGAUGCGAAAGCAUGGGCUGAGGAAAAGGUAGAUGGUGAGAAGGGGAAGGUGGUGUGGUGGGAAGUGGUACAACAAUAA